AUGUACCUGCUAUACCUGCUAUACCUGAUGUACCUGAUGUACCUGAUGUACCUGAUGUACCUGAUGUACCUGCUAUACCUGCUAUACCUGAUGUACCUGAUGUACCUGAUGUACCUGAUGUACCUGAUGUACCUGAUGUACCUGAUGUACCUGCUAUACCUGAUGUACCUGAUGUACCUGAUGUACCUGAUGUACCUGAUGUACCUGAUGUACCUGAUGUACCUGAUGUACCUGAUGUACCUGCUAUACCUGAUGUACCUGCUAUACCUGCUAUACCUGAUGUACCUGCUAUACCUGCUAUACCUGAUGUACCUGAUAUACCUGAUGUACCUGAUGUACCUGAUGUACCUGAUGAACCUGAUGUACCUGAUGUAUCUGAUGAACCUGUCUCUGUUCGUCUCAGUGGGGGACCCUCGCAAGAUCUGA